CUUUAGCGCCUGAUUAUCCACGCAGAUGUUUCUUCUCGCAUGCUCCUUCGUAUUCUCGCGUAGCCGCGUUCGCGGAAGGACUGCGCGACGAGAAAGUGUUCCGUCGGUGUGUCGCGCGGACGCCGCACAGAACCCUGCGAUAACGUGAAGGAGUGGUGUCGCGGCGCCCCCCGGAACAUCGUGGACCGCUUGCCCGUCUCUUUCCGACUGCCGAGUGGGUUUACAAUUCCUCAUUGUUGCACUGACGUCACCGCAAAAGUAAGCCGAGUCGACGUGCAUGGUUAUGCCGGGAGCCCUUGGCUUGUGGUGUUCUGGAUUUGGAUUUGUCAGGCUUGUAGCCUGUCGGUAAGCGUCGCGGGCCGUUGCAUCUGCGCGUUGGGACAGAAAGGGCCGGGAAAUGACGUUAAAGAGCCUGGGCGGCUGCCGUCGCUUGAGCGUUGCUGCCAACGACGACUUUGCCGAGCGGAGGCUCUACAAAGAUCCAGGGAUGAACGGUGACCUCUCGAACGACACACAAGACAGUGCAACUAGUCAAGACACGGGCGACCUGGGUCAGGAUGAAGACAGUAUGGACUCCGAGAAAGCCCUCAAUCUCAUCAAGAAGUCAGCGCGGUCGGGCCUCUUCCACGAGAUGGACGACGAGCAGCUGGAAGCGAAGGUGGCGCCGGGCAGCGGCGGCAAGGCGUCGGCGGCGGCGGCCAACGGCCAAGCGGGACCCAUGGCCGGCAUGCUGGCGGCGGCCUCGACUCCGACGCCCGCCGUGCCCCCGUCCGCGCUCGUGACCACCACGGCGGCCGCGGCACUGGCUGCGGCAGCCGCCGCCGGACAGCUCUCGCUCAACCAGCUGAUGGUAGCUGGAGCUCAGGGCCAACAGUCGAACCUUUUAAUGCAGGCUGGAUUGGCUCAGCAGUUGCAGCACGUAGGCAAGUUGCCAACGGCUUCAGGUAUUCCUGGACUUCCCGUCAGUAGCCAGGACCUCCAGCAGCUACAACAGCAGCUCCAGCAGCAUCAGCAAAAUCUUCAGAAUCAAAUGGGCCAGUUUGUGUUUUUGCAGCCGGGACAGCUGCCAGCAAAUGUACAAGCGCAACUCUUUCUGCAGAACCAGGGUCUCCUCCAGCAGGGCCUGAUGCAGCAGAGCCUGCAGAACCUGCAGCUGCAGGCUAGCCAGGCGCUGCCCCCUGGGGUGCUCUCGUCGCAAGCGGCAGCCACCGUAGCGGCUGCCGCUGCCGCUGCCGCUCAGCAACAGCUGCACCAACUCCAGCAGCAACACCACCACCAGCAACAACAGCGGCAGCAGCAGCAACAGCAACAGGAGCACCAGGGGCACAACCGGGCAUUGCACCAGUCGCCACACAAUAUGGCUCACAUUCAGCACAAGCAAGCGCCGACAGGUCCUCACCAAGUCAAAUCGAGACCAGCGGAGCCAAGUCCAGAGGAAAUGACGGACUUGGAAGAGCUCGAGCAGUUUGCCAAAACGUUCAAGCAAAGGCGGAUCAAGCUCGGUUUCACACAGGGAGAUGUGGGCCUGGCUAUGGGAAAGCUGUACGGCAAUGACUUCAGCCAGACCACCAUCUCCCGGUUCGAGGCGCUCAACCUGAGCUUCAAGAACAUGUGCAAGCUGAAGCCGCUGCUGCAGCGAUGGCUCGAGGACGCGGACGCCUCGCUGAACAACCCGGCUGCCCUCGCCAACGCCCACACCACACCGGAGUCGAUCGGCCGGCGCCGCAAGAAGCGCACCAGCAUCGAGACGAGCGUGCGUGUGGCGCUCGAGAAGGCAUUCGUGCAGAACCCCAAGCCCACAUCGGAGGAGAUCGCCGUGCUAGCCGAGGGCCUCUCCAUGGAGAAGGAGGUGGUCCGCGUCUGGUUCUGCAACCGGCGCCAGAAGGAGAAGCGCAUCAACCCGCCACCGGGGGGCGCCGCCGCGGGAGCCUCGCCGCCGCCGCCCGGCAUGCACCUGGGCAGCCCGCCGCCGCUGCCGCCGCUGGGCGCCCUCCACUCGCCGGCGUCGCUCGCGAGCAACGCGUCCACGCCGUCGCCCCCUCACGCGCCCACCCCGACCGCCGCCUACCCCCCGCGGCCGCUCCCGCUGCCGCCGCCUCCGCACGCCCACUCUCCGCCGGCCCUGAUCAAGACGGAGUGAAACGCCUUUUCCUUCCCCCAUCAACCCCCUCCCUCACCAGUUCCUACCAUAUCAGAAGGCCCCCGCGCGCGUGGACGCGCGAACGGCCUCGUCUUUCCCCUCCCUACCUUCCCCGACCUCCCAGUGUCCCGGCGCGUGUUCUCUAUUUUUUUUUUCUAGUUUAGUUUGGCGCGAAAGCGUGCUCGCGUUGCGACCACAAGUGUUGAAGCUAUGGACGCUGUUUGGAAUGGCACUGUUGUCCACUGGCUACACCCAUCGUGGACCUUGCUGCCGGCCCCCCCCCUGCCUACCUCAAGAAACACUGCAUUCAGGGGCGUGGGUCUGGUGCGGUCCCGACAACUUUUUUGUUCGUUUUCUUUUCACUUGCGAAAAGAAACCCACUCAAGUGAUGAAGCCCUGAAACCUGCGUGUCGUGUAGGCUAGGGCUGAAUGAACGCUGUGUACGAUGCUGUAAAUGCAGUGAGCAACUCAGGGAAUAUUGCAAAAGCAGAAGAGUUCACGAAUUGUCUGUAAAAUAGUGUAAACUGUGCUCAGGCUGUGGAAUCCAAUGAGAUAUCCAUGUGUUCUACCUGUCUAUGGCCUGUUGUACGUGCAUCCUAUCAUUGUCCUUUUUACAUAGUGGUGACAUUGUUCUUUUUUUUUAGAUUUGCUUUUAAUGUUUGAGCAGCACUGCCGGUUUAAAAGGCAUGAUCAUGCUACCUCAGAUAAGGCUGGUAAUUCCUGUUUUUUACCGCUCUACCUCAAAAUUGCAUUUUUACCUAUUGCAAGUAUUCGGACCAAAAAUCUCACCCAUUUACUCUUUUCACUCACUGUCCAGGCAUUCAUACCAUUUGAUCACUACCACUCUGUGAGCACUUAAGGCAGUCAAAUUGAAAUUCAGGUUUUUGAAAAGCACACAACUUUUGAAAGGAAAACGAAUAGACAGGAUAGCUGCCAGUGCCAUUAUACAUGAAAAAAUGUUUUAUCCUUUCGACAUAUUAUGUAUACAAUGUACAUUUUUUUAUACCAGUUUCUGAUCACUGAGGCUGAUGUUAGUUUCAGAUAUAGUUGUGUUGAUCUUGGAUAGAGAUUUAUCUGGUUUUUACGUGUAUUUUGCCCCCUGUCUACUUCAUUUCUUGCUUGGGCUGCAACAGUUCUUUUCUCUGUGAAGGAAAAUGAGAAAGCAUCAAAGGAAGAAUGUGUCCAAUUUUUGUAUUACAUUGUUGGCUCAUAUUUAGGAACGUUUUCCCACCUUUGCAUUGUUGAUUGUGUCCUGUACAUAGGUCUCAGUGGGUCGGCUGUCAAGACAAACCCCCCCAACGAAGGCUGUGGUACACUUGCGGGCUUAACUGCAUUUCCGAUGACACACCCAUUUCUUGUGCACGCAGUGUCCAGAGUGGGUUCCCAGCUAUUAACUUUAUGGUGCAGCAGAGGCGGUGUUGUUCACCCAUGAGCUGGAAAACUUUGUAAUGUAAUCUAGCACAUUCAUUGCCUCUCACUUUAUUAGCAUGUACGGUAGUUAUUGGUAAACUGUUGCUUUGCAUCAAAGAUGAAUGUCGUUAUACUGCUGCAUCAGCUAAACGGCACCUGAUUAUUAUUGCAUCCGAGGUUGUUACUUAAGAUUGUCAAGAAUCCGGAAAGAAAUGUGGAAAUUUUUUUGUGCAGGAGUGUUUAGUGAAAUAUGUAAAUGUUAAUAUUAAGUUUCAGACCAUUCAUAGAGGCAAAAACACUUUCGAAAGUGUUUUAUUACACUUUUUAUUAAAGUGUAAAUGUAUAUUCGUUAAUGUGUUAUAUUUGGUGCACUUUGCAGAGGUAUGAAGGAACUUGUCUAUACCAGGCUGGUGUCCUUGGACACUGUGAGCACAAGAAGAAAGCAUGUAAAUGGACGCAGUUGAACUCGUCCUGUUGUACCCCUCUCGAAAUCAAACACACGAAAGCAGAAAACUCAAAAGAUGUUAACGUAAUUUAAAUAUAUAUGUGUAUACACAAUGUGUGUGCAACUUUAGGAAUGACGUCCGCUUGUCAAAAUAACAGCUACUAGUAUUAUAUUUACGAGUGUACGCGUGAAGUGGUGAGAAUCGUUCUGAAGCACUUGUGUAACAAACCCUUUGACACACAUUGGCGCGGGAAUACUUUGGCAUUUUUAGUGAUGGCUAUUUACCAUGAAGACCAUGUUCGUUCACACUGUUUUCGUGUGUGAGAGUGUGACUACUUUGUACUUGAUUGAACUUUAACUACUAGUCUGCUCAUUGAGACAAGACAAACUUUAAUCACUACAAUCUGCCAUAUCUUCUUUUUUUUUUAAUGUUCUUACUGCGCACUGUGUAAUCUUCUACAUGUGAUCCGGUCUAUUGAGCUGAUUCUGUGCAAGAUGUGUAGCAUAAUGUGUGUUUCUUCAAGUUUCUACCUUGACAGUAUAUGAUGCAGGUGUGGUUUUCUUCAUUUUCGUUGCUGCCACAUGUUCUGAAAUUGGACAGUUUGUUCGUUCUUGGUGGUGAACAACUUUACAUUUGCUGCCUACGUUAUUUUGUCUGGUACACCAAAGUCGAGUACCGAACGUCUCAUCACAGGGAACAAACUUUUGUACCCAGCAAUCGCGGAGUGAAACCCAAAUUAUUGCUUCUCUGCCACACAUUAAGCUCUACCUUGCCUUUUGAUCUGGCGAAUCUAAUGCGGGCUCUCAUCCGGUGACUAAUGCGUCCCACUACAGAGCAGGUGUCAGUGUCUCUGCCUGGUGGCUGCUUGUAAUCAACUUUCGAGAGGCUCGAAUCAGUUGCCGACUGCGCGGCAUUACGGUGCUUAUUAUUUCCUUUUUUCAGUGUUUUACCCAUGCAUGUUCACUUAGAGAACACCUAAAUUUAACGCGAGCUGUUUGUAGCACGACCGGAUUCGCGGCUCUCAGCUGCUUCAAGAAUUUUCUGGUUCGCUCAAAAGUAUAACGGCUGUAAGUUCGAGAAACGACAAGAACUCGGCGAAAAAUUGUUCUGUUGACUGGCGAUCGUGAUUGUUUUUCGCGAAAGUAUUUGAACCUGAUGAAAAAUCCAAAGAAUGUGAAGACGAAGUAUGUUACUCAAGACGCUGACGAGUGGGUUCAGCUCAACACUCCGUUAGAAAGGCUUAGCGGCGUGUUUAUUUUGUGUACGACUUUUGGACUCGCCUACCGUAAGCCGCAGAGCAUGUUGUCAUCGUCAUCCACGCGGCCUGCGGCCGCUGAAAUCGGUGCAAAGUGCACGCCGCGUGAGAAGCGAAACGAUCGAAUGCUAAAAGAAAGUUUUGUUUUCUACGUCCUAAAGUCUACUGAGUUGAUCUCUCUCGUUUUUAUUUCUCUCAUUCACCGCACAUCACCGAACCCGUUACUACAGAAGCUACCGCGGUAGGACCUAGGUACAGCAUCGGUCAGGGGCAGUUCAUUUAUGUUCUCGUGUCGUUUUGACAUCCAGGAACGUUGAUCGCCUUAACUGCGGACGUCGUUGGGUUAGCCAGCCGGCUGAUCCGCCGGUCAGAGCCGCUUGGCGCGCUCGUCUCGUGAAGUGGAAUCGGUGAAGCCUAACUUGAGUUAGCGGCGUCAAUGUGCGCCGUAAGGUGGCACGUCAUUCCCAUUCCUCGUCCGACCGGUGUUAAAUGUCUCGUCGCGUGCUUAUACUCCCAUCUUCGCAGACGGCGCGCGUUUAUACUUAUUGCACAGCCCGUGGCGCAGUUCUUUCGAAAGGGGUUCGGGUAUGCCGCCUUGCAAGAGCACACUGCUUCUUUCAGUGCCAAUCGAGCCACUCACGUCACAUCAGUCAUCCUCCGCAAUCCACGCACGCCUUUAUUUAGCGGGGCGAGCGCGCCUCACACUCAUACACUCACUCACUCACGUACACGGACAUUGUACACGGACAACCAGCAUUUCGCAAUAUGAUCGACAUCGUUGAAAGCGGGUAUUUUUUCUGUUGUCUUAACCGAAGGACUGAACUGCAGGGAAGUGUGCAACGGUAACUUAUGUUGUGUAAUCGCCCGAGAGGAGAAGAUCGCGAAGCAGAGGCUUUUUUCUCCCUCUCUUUAUACUUUUCUGUGUCUUCUUUUUUUUAUGCAAGAAAAAGAGUAUCUUUAUUAUAGUUUUUGACGUCUAUGUAGUCUUAAUUCUCUCUCGCUUGUACUUUCCUCCUUUCCCCCUCUCCUCAUCUCUUAUGUGUGUGCAGUUUGUGGUGUCUCCCGUCGCCGGUGGACCUUUGUUUCUUUCGUGUGUUCACAUUUUUCUUGCGGUUUUUGAAAAUGAGCGUGAACAUGCGUGUGUGGCGAAGUUUUUUCAAGUCCAAAUAUAUUAUGCAUACAUAUA